AGCUAUGUUCCUUUUACUUACCACUCCCAUGGCUUGGAACUUUAAGACUGAAUUUCCAGGAAUAUCGUCACAAAUAAGCUGGUACAACGCAAUGAAACUAUACAAUAAUUAUGCAUUGAAGCCAAUUCUUUUUGCCGGCAAUGAUUCCACUGCGGACUAUUCUGGAGAAACAUGGAGAGAUGCAUGCUAUCAUCGAUUUUAUGCGCAGCCAGAUGCAUUAUAUGUAGCUUACUGGCUGGUCGAGAACGAUAUGUAUUGUGAAGUUUUGCGUAAAAUCACUCCUCGAAUUCCUGUAAUCCCGUCCUUCGAAGUUCAAUAUUUAACAAGAGUCGAGUCACUUGGCGAUGGUUGUGCUAUUUAGUUUUGAUUUUAUGAUUUUUCGCGAUAAUGUUAUGACAAGAUCUACUUGCCCCUCCAAUUUC